GAAACCUUAUUGAACCCUGCAAAAUGGGGCAAUGGAAACUCAGAAAAUCUGGCAUAUAGAAAGUGAGGUUUGUUUAUUUUCGGUCGGCGUAAUUAUUUAUUUAGUUUAAACUUUAUUUGUAAAUAUAUAGUUUUGAGCUUCAUUACAUUCUUUUGUCGUAGUCGAGAAAAUUAUUCAAGUUUGCAAAGAUGUCAACGAGAAUUUUGGUCACUGGUGGCACCGGAUUGGUCGGGAGUGCAAUCAAAUAUGUUGUUGAAACGACCGAGAAACGCGGAGAUGAAACAUGGUUUUUCGUUGGUUCCAAAGAGGGAAAUCUCACAGAUUUGCAAUCUACACGGGAAUUAUUUGACAAGUAUAAACCAAACAAAGUAAUCCAUUUGGCAGCAAUGGUCGGUGGACUAUUCCAUAAUAUGAAAAAUAAUUUAGAUUUUUUGAGACAAAAUAUGUUAAUUAACGAUAAUAUUCUUCUUGUGUGUCAUGAGUUCAAUGUGGAAAAAGUCGUUUCCUGUUUAUCCACCUGCAUAUUUCCGGACAAAACCACCUAUCCAAUUGACGAAACAAUGAUUCACAAUGGCCUGCCUCAUGAUUCGAAUUUCGGAUAUAGCUACGCAAAGCGAUUAAUAGAUGUAUUAAAUAGAGGCUAUUUUGAACAACAUAAUCGCUUAUUUACUUCGAUCGUUCCAUGCAAUAUUUAUGGGCCAAACGAUAAUUUUAGCCCCACUGCAAGUCACGUAAUCCCAGGGAUGAUUCAACGGUUAUAUAACCUGAUUAACGACAGCACCACUAACACUCCCCAAGAGGAACGCGUGUUUACGGUAUAUGGCACUGGAAAGCCAUUACGCCAAUUUAUAUAUUCACAUGAUCUAGCAAAAUUAGCAAUUUGGACACUGCGAGAAUAUGAUAGCGUAUCACCAAUCAUUUUAUCAGUCGAUGAAGAGGAUGAAGUGACUAUUGAAUUUGUAGCUAGAUCGAUAGCAAAGGCAUUUGAUUUCAAAGGACGUAUUGAAUUCGACACAACCAAAGCAGAUGGUCAAUACAAAAAAACGGCUUCAAAUAAAAAAUUGAGAUCAUACCAACCAGAUUUUCAAUUCACCAAAUUCGAAGAUGCUAUCAAACACACGGUCGAUUGGUACCUACAAUCCAAAAGCCAGAAUGCCAUAAGAGAAUAGUAUUUCAGGCAAUUUAUGUUAAUUUUGAAUGAAAUCAAUUUAUUUCAAAUAAAGUUCAAAAUUUGUUUAAAA